AUGGGUGCGCGCUUCGUAGUCGAAGACAAUAGCGGUAGAAUACGUCUUAUGUCAAGCUCUGCUACUGGGGGCCAACUUGCUAUUGACGGAGCUAGGGCUGCCGGAGUCCCUGACACCCUUCGAGGGGAAGAGGCACUGAUCAACCUUCAAAGGCUCGUUAGAGCCCAUUUUGCUGGCACAUACGGCCUCAAUUGGGUGGCUGUUGGAGAGGUCGACCCCACGCACGAUAAAUAUCCUUUUAUGCUAGUUGGCUUCUUCUUUGAAGGUCCGAAUGGAAAUCCUCCCUUAAUGGAGGUUGGCCUCUCGCGAUCGGCUCUGAAAAAGAUUAUCUCGCCACGAGAAGCAGAUAGACUCAUUUCAGAAGCUUUGACUUAUGAUUCUAAUGUUGCUUUGGAAGAUGCUAUCUCGGGCUUGGCUGGCCUGAGUAUAAAGUCUGGUGGAAAUCCAAUUGGGCUUCCCGCAGCUCCGCAAGCAUCUCUCUUUGGGUCUAACCAGCACCCCACCCAGCAACCUGCGCAACCAUCUCUCUUUGGAUCUAACCAGCGACCUCAGAUGCAGCAACCUGCGCAACCAUCUCUCUUUGGAUCUUUCCAGAAACCUCAGAUGCAGCAACCCACGAAACCAUCUCUCCUUGGAUCUAACCGACCUCAGGUGCAGCAACCUGCGCAAGCCUCUCUCUUUGGGUCUAACCAGCAACCUCACAUGCAACCGGCUUACAACCAACAGCCAAGUGCCCAGAGUAAUGAGGAACUGUAG